GAAAAACUGGGUGCUAGUUAGCCACGAAGACAAGAACCGAUUGAUGUCGUUUCAGAUAUGGGGUGACAAUUUUCCUUUAUUUUCAGUCGGAGUGGUUAUGUUACUAAUAUAAAAUGCAGGGGCUAUGGAGCUUAAUAGGAAAGAUUGGCACUGGUGCUGCUCAAAAUUUUCCCUACGAGAUUGGUGAAAAAGCAGGGAGCCUAGCGGACAAGUCUGUGUGGACACUACAUGAAGGGAAAAAAAAAGUAGGUUGUCGAUCAGUCAUCAGCGUGUCUUUAUGUGGUUGUCUAGGUAGAGGUAUGAAAAGGAACUUUUUGCUUUGUCUCAAGGGUACUGGAGAAGCUGUGUCUGUGUUUAUUCACGAUGUCAAGUCAUCUUCAGAGGACAAGGUACCGCAAACCUUACCUGUACAUGCACAUCUAUCGUGGUUUAACUAAGCCUUCGUUUCCUGUUCUUCAAACCAGCUUGAAUUUUAUUUUCCUUCACUUUGUGCCCAGCAUCAAAAUCCUAGACAAGUUUUCAUUUUGAACUGAUUAAUUGGGGUGUACUUGUAAUUAGCCAGUGUGAUUAGUACAGUAACUACUAUUGCGAUGUUAGCUGUCACAGUAUUAGUUCCUGGUACUGUCUUAAAAUUACGGUAAAUUGUACCCAAAAUAUUUAAUUCUCCAUCACAGAAACUGUCUUUAACAUAAAUUUUCUUCUUUUUCUUGCAACCUAUCUUAAGAUUUCUUUCAUUUGUUAAGGUUCAAACAGCCAAGUUAGCCCUCAGAAGACUGAAAACUCUUCGACAUCCUAAUAUUGUGAGGUAUAUUGAUGGUCUUGAGGUGAGUAUUACUGCAGACUGUUAUUCAGUACCAAUUUUUUCCAGGUAUUAACUUAAAGUAUGGUACCAGUCAAAGGUUAUCUGGGAGUUAUAACUCAAAUACAGAACUUUUACUCAAAAAAAUUCACAAGGAAUUGAUAUUUGUUGACAUCAGUACACUUAAGUUCUUUAAUACUGUGAAAUUUACAUACAAUUUAAGAGCAUUAAUUACAGCAGAAACUCAAAAAGUCACACAUUUUGUAAACUAGUAAGAAUUAGAAACAAAUGUAUCAGGCACUAGGAGAUGGGAACUUAUUUGUAUGCUAGAUAUGGUGGUUAUUGUCAACAAGUAAUCACAUGUUUUUUCAUGUGUGAUAUGGGAUAAAUCAUCACUUGGAAAUUUUUCAAAAACUGUUUUAUCUCAAAUUGGACUCAAAAUCAUGUAUUACCAAUACAAGCUAAUGAAUUCUUAGGUAGAUCAUAGAUGUAAGAUUCAGACAUUAUUAUUCAUGUUUUCAUCUCUGUUUACUUUACAGUCUGAUACAGUUAUUUAUCUGGUGACAGAGCCUGUUCAACCACUGGAAGUACUACUAAGCGAAGAUGAGAACUCAAAGGCUGAUUUUGCCAUUUCUUGGGGAUUGCAUCAAAUAACAGUAUGUGCACUCACAGUAUGGUGUAUUAUUGAAUACAUUCAAGUUUGGAAAUGCAGCCCUUUAAAGCUGUUUCUCAAGGGGAGCAUUACUGUCCAAAAUUGAACAUCAGUUGUUUCUGUCAACAUUUUGCAAAUUCUUUAGCAGGUGGUCCUUUAAGCAUCCUCUCCUUUUAGUCUGAAUUAUGAUAUCAUUUAUGCUGAUCAAUAAUUUAAUUUCCUUAAAGCUGGUUUUACCUGCUUUAGUUCCUCAUAUACCAUGUUUCUUUUCCUUUUUAGGCUGGUCUCAGUUUUCUGAUAAAUGAUUGCAGUUUGAUUCAUGGUAAUGUGUGCAUGGCAUCAGUGUUUGUAGAUAUUGCAGGCGAGUGGAAGCUUGGUGGCGUUGAUUACCUUAAACCUGUUGAUCCACCAUCAAACACUGAAGAACCUGAUCUACCUAGACUGCCAGUUUUACAAGUUUAUGAACCUCCAGAGGGAAGAAAAUAUAGUAAAGGCAACAAGAAGGCUGAAAAAUGGUGAGGCUUCAAAAUAAGGUUUGCUUAAUGGAACAUUAAGUUGUCUAGAUGUUGAUAACCAGAUGCAGCAUCAUUAGAUGUAUCAAAACAUGUGAUAACACUGGCAUGUGUUAUCUGUUUUAUGAAGAAAAGUUGCUGAUGUAUUGGGGUUUUAAAAAGGGACUUUUUUGAUGGUUUUAGGCAUAGGCUAUACCUGUGAGCAUGUCAAUUUGCUUACAGUUGUCCCAGUAGUUUUGAUUCAUCCAAUGCAUAGUGGCAGACUUCCCUCUAAAAAGUCACAUGUGAAUCUCACAAUGACCCUUAUAGCAAGUAAAAAAACAACUUUUAUCAUGCAUUAAACUCUGAUUUAGAUGUCAAUCCUUUGAAUUUUUUUUAGUUAUUAUUUGAUACAUACUUUGCAGGUCAGCAGAUAUGUGGGGUCUUGGAUGUCUGAUCUGGGAAGUGUUCAAUGGUCCGUUGUCCAGAACAGGUGCCUUGAAGUCUGUUGGAAAGAUUCCAAAGAACUUGGUUACAGACUAUGUACAACUUGUAGGUGCUAAUCCUAAGAGCAGACCAAACCCAGCAAAAUUUCUACAGGAAUGUCGAACUCAAGGCCAUUACCUUAAAAACAGCUUUGUUGACGCUAAUUUGUUCUUACAAGAAUUGCAGGUUUGCUUUUGAUGUUAUACUUUUGAUGUUGAUGUUAGCUCUUAUGUGAGUUGUGUUUGUAUUUUAUUUUCUUGUAAAACUUUGUAAGUUUCACUAUUAUACAUCAAAUGAAGUUUAUUUGAGUUAAUCUGGAACUUUGUUAGACAUUUCCAUGUCAUGAAUAUUGCUUUAUUGUAGUUCCUAAACAGUUCUGAUUAUCAGUGAAGUGAAGCAUAACAAAUAAUAAUGAUGAUGAUGAUGAUAAUAAAAUCACCUCUACAGUGCUGAUACAUUCUGUUCUGAGUGCUUUACAAUCAUUUGCAGAAUUUAAGACCAGUGCUAAAAUCUGAUGGCUAAUAACUGCUUCAUUCUACUAUCUAUCACUAAGAUAUGUUAAAAAUUAAAAGAAUUGUAUAAUAUCUACAUAGCUCCUCCAGAUUUUUUAAAAGUAAGAUGACCUUUGAAACUUGAUUAAAUUAAUAGAUUUAAUACGCCCAUUUUGAAAUCACUGGUCUUCCCUGUAAUCUGAUUGGCUCUAAUUGAUGCAAUUUAUUCCCAAAUUGCACCAUUUUUUGGCUUUAAAUCACCUCUUUUUCCCAGCCAAUGAGAAGGCUAUACUAAAAACAAAACAACCAAUCAGAUUUCAAGGCUUGUUUAAAGUAACCAAUCAAAUUGCAGGAAAAUGGAAGACAAAGAGUAUCAUGUGGCAAAUUUUGCAACUUUUGUUUCCAAAACCCUUACUUUUUUCCCCCCAAAAAUGGAUGAAUUUAAUUUCAGACUGGCUCAGUACUACAUCAAUAAAAUAUUUGAACUGACCAAGUCCUGUAUUUGGGUGAUUUCAAAAUGGAUGUAAUAAAGUGGUAAUUGAACCUCGUGUUGUGCAAUUUUGGUCUGAAAUCAUACUUGUGAUUUCAAAUCAAACUUGCGCUGCACGCUUGUUUGAUUUUAAAAUCACAUGUAUGAUUUGUACCCAAAUUGCACUCCACUCAGUCCAAUUACCAUUAUAAGUGAUAAGAGAAACCAUAUGAUAUGGUGUUUUGAUUACAGAUAAUUAGAUAAAUUAUAAGAUAAAUAAAUAGAGAAUAAUAACUAUUCAAAUACCUGAUGUACUUUCUUCUGUUUCAAUGAAUAUAAGCUUUUAAUUGAAUGGCUGUUUCAUGAUGUAUACCUAAGUUGUUGCUUUUUGUUGUUUAGAUAAAGGAGCAAAAAGAACAGAAGCAAUUCUUUCAAUCUCUCAGCUCAUCAUUAGACUUGUUUCCUCAACAAUAUUGCAAGCACAGAAUUCUUCCUCAAUUGCUGAAUGCUUAUGAAUAUGGAUCAGCUGGUUCUGCUGUCUUGGGGCCACUGUUCAAAGUAAGAUUUGCUUUCUUACCAUUGCCAUCUUUAAAUUAAGUAUGUUGUAGUUCUUUUCUCAUAAUUCCUCUCCUAUAGAUGACAAACAUAGACUACUUCAUUUCUAUGUAAUGUGUACACAUGUGCAGAGAAUAUUUGGCAAAUGUUUGUUUCAAUCAUAUGAAGUGUAGGCACAAUUUUAAAAUUAUAACAGAUGGAGGUGCCAGUGCUACCAAUAUUUCCUUCUUGUCAGCUCCAGCAUGUAAAAGUCUAAGUGUAGUCACCAUAAUGGUUAAUAGAUUUCUGUUCAAUUGCAAUUGAGAAUCAAAAAAUCUCAGUCAGGGGUUGAUAUAGAUGGCUUUGAAAAGAUGAAAAUCAUAUAUGUGAACUGCAGUGUAAGAAAUUGAUAUGAAAGCGAUCUUCACAGCAAUGAACACUACUUGAGCAGUAGUGAAAAUAAGGCCUGAAAAAAAAUUCAGGCCUGUGCAUGACUUCCACAAUACAGGUGCAGUGCUCUACCAACUGAGCUAACAAGCUAACUGGGAGCUGGUCAUUAUAUUGGUUUGUAAUACUCUAUGAAGUGUAUAUAAUUCAUCUUGGACCAAAUGGCAGAAUUCAAACCCAGAUGACUAUUUUUUUUUUUUAAGAACUCUGCCAAUGGUAGAAAUAUUUUUAUUCUGACUUCUUAUACAAUACGAUACAGGUUGGUAAACUCUUGGAUACAGAUGAAUAUCAACAGAAAAUUGUGCCAUGUGUGGUCAAACUGUUUUCAUCCACGGAUAGGGCAACACGCAUCCACUUAUUACAACAGGUAAGAAGAGGGAUCAUUACUAUGGUAAUGGUAAUGGACUGAGUGGAGUGUAAUUUGAUCUGUAAUCACGAGUGAUAAACAAAAUCAAUGCAGUAAACGUUCUGUUCAUUUCUGUGAUUGGAGAAUUCAUUUAAGUAUACUCAGUGUGAUUGACUGAUGCAACUGUCCAAAUUGUAUAGUGGUUACAAUUAGUAGAAGUACUUGGAUGGGCUGAUUUAUUUUUCACUCAAAUUGGAUUGAAUUUCAUCUGGUCUAUUCAAGGACUGUUAAUUAAACUAGCAAGGCUUAGCUAACACAAUCUUCUUCUGUCAACAAUUCUGCACAUUGACCAUGAGUUCUUGAUAAUUUCAGCUUGAUAAUUUUGUACAACACUUGAAGCCAUCUACAGUGGAUGAGCAGAUCUUUCCUCAUGUUGCUUUGGGAUUUGGUGACACUAUUCCAGCCAUGAGAGAGCAGACAGUCAAGGUAAAUGCAAUUUGUUCCCCAUUAAAAGACAGUUUCUUGGCACGGAGAGUCACCUUUGACCUUCCCAAAGAAGUUGGGAAUACUAAAGACUAUCUCACACCCCACACUAAUUUUUUGGGAAUAUCAAAGGCAACUCUGCUGGCAGGUUAUCUGGUAGGAGAACUGGAGCUUCUAAAUGAUGUUCCUGAAUUUUUUUGUUUGCCGCUUUUAUAAAACUUAACCAGAGGAUCACAUUUAGGAAACUAAAUGUAAGACUUCUAUGUGAGUGGCAUUGUUGUAGCAGGAGAACUGAUGUUUCAUAACCUCUAUCAGAUUUGAGGUUCACAGUCUCUGACUUUUGGUUUGACUAUUUUGAUUUCUUAAAGUUUGAUAAUUUAUCUGAACAUCUGUAUGCUGAUUAAUGCAUUUAAGUAUUUCCUCUUUUGUUUGUUAGAAAUGUUUUUUCCUUGGUUACUUUUUCCAAUCAUUUGUUUCAAAGAUUUUCAUUUUUCACUUCUCUUUUGCAGUCCAUGUUGCUUCUUGCUUCAAAAUUAAGUGAAAAGACAAUUAAUAAUCAGCUGUUGAAAUAUUUUGCAAAACUUCAAAUGGAUCAAGAGGUAGGAAUGAAAAGUAUGAAUUUGCCAGUUCUCUUCUCUCGUAUUUCACAAUUUUGAUUAAUGAGUCUUGAGAUGUGAAAAAUAGAGAGACCCCUGAACUUACUAAUUUUUCUUCCAGCCUGGCAUCAGAACAAACACCACAGUUUGUCUGGGAAAAAUUGCAGUGCACCUCCCACUAGCUGUAUGUAUUCACGUUUUCAGUUUGACAAAUGUAUACUAGCUUACAAAUUUCCAUCUGCAAGAACAUUCUGAGUUUGCAGUUGCCACAUAACAUACUAAAUAAUGUAACAAAGUACAUGUAAUUUCAGAUUCUGGGGAUGUUCCUAAAUUCUGUAACAUUAAUCCAAAUUUAAAAAGCUGGUUCCAAGAAAGUGCUCUUCAAAACUUGCUUUUGUUCCCCUAGCUGUUUUACAUCAGUUUACCUAACGUUAAGCACCUGGAACAAAUUGACAAUUAGUACUAAGAUUCUCCUUGUAACAAUCUCAUGGACACCUUCAAAUCAGACGGAUGAGAAGCAUACAUGACGAGGAAUCUUGUAGAGGUCUUGGGUAACACAACAGCGUUUUUGUGUCACAUAUGAAUUGUAUAGUGGGAGUGAUAAUGUCAUGAUGGUGAGUUUCAAGAUUUUAAUUUCCAGACACGGCAAAAGGUACUGAUUCCAGCAUUCUUGCGUGCCUUACGGGAUCCUUUUCCUCCUGCUCGUAUAGCUGGUGUGAUGGGUUUCUUUGCCUCAGCUGAGUAUUUCAGUUUAAAGGAGAGUGCACUCAAGAUCUUACCAGCUUUGUGUACUCUAACUGUGGACCCAGAACGGAAAGUCAGAGAUCAGGUAGAGUUAAACUGGCGGGGAUAAUUAUAUAGUAGGAGAACCUUUGCCUAUCAGUUAAAUGAGGAGAAAUGUUUCACAGGAAUUCUUUACGUUCAUGCACUUUUUUCCGUCUUCUAUGGUUGAGCUUUCUCGGAUAGCAUUGCUCUGUGAUAUUUAUUUGUUUAUAUUUUUGUAUCACCGGCCCUAGCUAGUUGUUCAUGUAUUAAUGUACGUGGAAUGUACGUGGAUUACUUAACACCACUACACCAAGAAAAAUAGCAUGUCAUAACAUAAAGAGCUAAUUAGGGCGAGGAAGUCAUAGUAUAGUUCUUGUUAAAUGCUUACAUUAUUUUUCAAAGGGUCUUGAUAUUAGCAGGCAAGUCAAGAAUUUAAAGAAAGCGACAAAACUUUUGAGUCUGUAAUACAUGUUUCGACAGAAACUUCUGUCAUCUUGAGUUAAUUACUGUACAAAGCGUUGGCAGUUGAAUUAUAUAGUAAGUAGAACAAUGCUAAUUAUGAUAAAUAGUGACAACAAGAAAAGAGGUAAAGCAUGAAAGUGUGAGAAUUAAAAGGAUAGUUUUAGAUUUAUAUGGUGUAAUUGUUGAUUCAAGGAUGGUUGUUCUUUUUGAAUAUGAAUAGCCUCUUUUAUCUUAAGUUGAAAGCCGGUAGAGGCGUGAUCUAAAACAUGGAAGUUAUCUUCUGAACACAAAGCGCGACAAUGUGGAGAAUCUUUCAGAUACUUGAAAAUGUGAGAGGCCUUGUCACUGACUAAGUGCUCUCUAACUCGGUGGAAAAAUGCUAGCAGGUUUCACCGACGUAACAGGCAUUACAGCCAGCAUAUACAAACUUAUAAACCACACGUGAAUGGAGCCCGUCAGGGACAGGGUCUUUCACACCAAACAAGUUACCGAUUUUGAAGGAAGAGAAAACCAGUUUAAUAUCCAAGUCAUUGCAAUAGCGCUUAAUAAAAUGGCAGAAAAGUGGCGUAUGUAGGGUAGCUUAAAGUAGAACGUAGGUGAAGUGGUAGGAAGGGAACCCCGGGGAUGAUGAUUGCUUUGGGGCCCAGUGAUGUAACGGUUUAUAAUCUUCUCGAUUAAACGAGCAAGGAAAAGAUUAUUUUUUUUUAGAAUAUCAGUAAGUUUAUUAAUGUCCUCCUGAAACCGUAACCAGGUGUUAUUAAUAUCGUAAGCGCUAUCAAAGAGUGUCUUAAUUGUACUCUUUUUACAGGUUUUUAAAGUUAUCAAGGUGUUUCUGACAAAGAUUGAAAAAGCUUCAGAGGAUCCAGAAUCUACUAUGAAUCAGGCUGGUGAGUAAUGUAAUCUUAUACCCAGCCAAUUUAACUGAGGGUGUGGAAAUCACAAUGUUAGGGUGGAAAUUUUAGUGAACUCAUGUCCUUACACACCAUGCAUACCAACCAAUCAGACUCCCACUUAUUUUGUUUUGGUCCCAAGACAAACCUGUCACAGACGUGCACACUCUUUCGUGUCUCCUUAAUGUAGUGUGUCCGGAUUGUGUCCGACUAAUACGUGUUAAGUCAAUUUCGCGACGAUGAUAACCUUAACUUUCGGGAUGGUUCAGCGUCGGGAGUGAUCUUCUUUUGUAAAGUGUACUCUCGUUUGGCGGAUUACUUUAAAAAAAAUUGAUUUCAAGUACAUUUGAAGAACAAGUAGUUUGUAACUUGCAAGAGGAGAUGUCCUGUCUGUCUCAACAUGGAUUAAUGACAAAUCUUUAACUGUUAUGUUGUGCUUUAUUGAAUGGCAUUAACUGAGCACAGCAUAUAUAGAUAUAUUUUAUACGGUAACACCCUCUUGAAAAGUUCUUUUAAAAGUGCUUCCGUUUAACAGAAGCGCUUAAUUUAAGCGUUGGGCCCAGUUGAUAGAAAAAUGUCCGUGUUCAACAAGUUUUUUUACAGUAGACAUGGAAAGAAAAAAAUCAGCACUUGAGUUGGUAACGGCUUGUUAUGGGUUCCGCUAUAAAAGAUUUACACUGGUUUGAUUGCUUAUUCUUCUUUUUUAAAAAAAAUUUGACACGGGCAUUUACAUUGGACUCAUGACGUCAAACAGAAGAAUAACAUGAUUCAGACGCACGGCUUAAAUUGCAACCAACAAGGUGGACUGCGUUAUUAAAUCGAGAAAGAAUUGAGUGGUAGAGCGUCGCCUUGUGAAAUCCGAAGGUCGGUUGAUCUAUUGCUCGUGGGGGAAUCAGAUUUUUUCUUCAUCCAUGUUCACGUUAUCCAGUUUCAAUAUCUCAUAUUGUUUGUUGUUCAGAAGCUGAACAAACCCCAGAGUCAACAGCUGCAGGCAGCUCCUGGACUGGCUGGGCUGUCAGCUCCCUAACAUCAAAGCUGUACCGAGGAGGAAGUGCCUCGGGAGGAAUCACUGAACCUGCAGACAAGAGUGAGCCUGGAAAAGGUACCCACCCAGGUAUGUACAAACACUGACUCGGUUUGUGGCGGCGCUGCUUUCUACUCCACUUCGAAGCUCCUCGUCCUACCCUUGAAAGCGGAGAUACUGUAUAGUUUAGGGAUUAUCGUAUCACCAUUUGGUGUGGUGUUGGUCAGCCUCUUUAAGCACCAUACCAGUUGAAAAAACUCCGACUGCUCCGGUUAUGAGUGAAACCAGGCGCGAAACACAACUUUGAUGCCCGAUAACUCUGCUUCGAAAACUCACAAGGAGAAUUUUGACUCUUUUCUCAGUUGGGGAAACAGAUGACAGUAAAAUGAGAAAGGAAAUUCGUCCAGGUGUGAAACAGGCAACAGGCGAUGAUAAAGAUGAGGACUCAGGGAGUGACUCUAGUGGCAAGUGGAGUGGGAACGAGUGGAAUGGGCGCGAUUGGAAUGAUGGACAGGUUCGAGAUAUUUUCUUUGUGCUCUUUGUUUCCUAGUUAAAGCCGUGUUAGUUAAAGUCAACGGCAGGGUAAAGCCACAUUAGCAUCGUGGAACUGAAAAUAUGAUAUCAUGUUGCAAGCAAAGCAUUUAACCCUCGCAACUACGAGGAUAUUAGGGAAAUAGGUUUUGACUAUUGUGACCGGUGAUUUUCAGAAUUCUUUGCCUCCCAUUUUACUACCAAUGUGAAAAUAUGAAAGUCAUAUAUUUGAACUGUGGAUAAAGACGAAAAUUCCCGUACAGGCCUGAAUUUUUUUCAGGCCUUAUUUUCACUACUGCUCAAGUAGUGUUCAUUAUUGCGAAGAUCUCUUUCAUAUUCACGUCUUUAUCCGCAGUUCAAAUAUAUGACUUUCAUAUAUUCACAUUUGUUUAUUCACCACUUCACGGGUAUAUUUGGUACCAACAUAAUGACCAGCUCCCAGUUGGCUUGUUAGCUCGGUUGGUAGAGUACGGCACUGGUAUCGCAGAGGUCAUGGGUUCAAAUCCCGUACAGGCCUGAACUUUUUCAGGCCUUAUUUUCACUACUACUUAAGAAGUGUUCAUUACUGCGAAGAUCUCUUUCAUAUUCACAUUUUACCACUAACGGAGUGAAAUACUUUAGGGCCUUUACUCGAUGUAUUAGCGGGGUUGAGGGUUUGUUGUCUUUAGAGUUUGCUGAAGUAAGGUAGUGUGCCUCUUUCAUGAAUAUGUUGUUCCUGGGGACUUCUCAGGAAUGGUAGAUUGUUUGGUUUAAUGUCAUUGAAGCGUGGUCUGUAUUCAGCAAUUAUUCCUCUUAAUGCACUACCUUUGCUUUCAAAAGAAAAAAAAAUUAUCGAUAACAAAGGAGUGAGUGAAAAUUGGUUGGGAAAUUUUAGGAUAGAUAUGUUAAUUACAGUGAGGUCUCUGUCCCGGCCGUGUGCCCAGCAUUGAUAUUUUUAAUUCACAAUACCGUUCUUUGUAGGAACCUGAUAUGGGCGAUCUAAAGAGUGAUCUACUAGCUGCGAAAGAGGAAAUUGCAGCUUUGCAGAAUGCAAAAGAGCUGUCGGUAAGAUUCAGUCGUAAAAUCCGACUUCCGUUCGUUCUUCUACUUCAAAUUCUUUUACUUUGUGUCUAGUAUCUCAGACGCCCUGCAAAUCUUGCGGCGGAAGACGACGGAGCGGAAAGUGGAAGCGACUAUGGUGACUGGGGAGAGAAUGAUGAUUGGUCAGUUGACAGUUUUUCUCCGCCAUCUUCCUUUACAAGUAAAUCCUCCCUGAGUAGACCUGAAAACAAAAAGGUACAGUAAUUUUAACACAUAAGGUCACCUUCUCAUUGGGGACGUUUUCUGUUUAUUUAUAUUGAACUGAUUUGUGAUUAUGAUUUGACAGGCUGUUCAGCAAGCAAGAGCAAAAUCAACGCUGCAGAAGCCUUCGCGCUUUGAUCAAGAAACCUCAUUAUUAGAAAUGCUGGACGAAAAUUCCGGUCAGGUGCCAGCUGCAGCCCCCGACUGCGUUGGUGAUACGCGUGCUCCAAAGGUAGCCUUAAAAAUGGGAUAGAGUGAUGAUCCUUUUCUUUAGGAAUUGCUACAGUUUUUUUCUGUAGCGUCUAAUUUAGUGGUAAAACAUGGGUUUUCUGGUUGAUUGGCUGAUUAAUUGCUUCAGAUAUGAUAUUCCCCUUCCUGUCGCCGUUCUCUUCUUCAAAGACGUCAGCGCUUAAAAGUUCCCCUCUCACUAACAGUGGCUUUAGUAGGCCUUAAUACUUUGCGAAACAUCACACCUCACAAUAUAUUUUUGCUCUUUGCAGAUUAAAAGUAAAGCUGUUCAAAGUGCUUUGAAGUCGUCUCAACGAAGCAAAGCGAAGUGCAAUACUGACAACCCUGCUCAGCUUACAGAGGCUGAAGGAGAUGCGUGGGAUGUAGGGGACUGGGGAUCAUUUGAAGAACCUACCAGCAGUGCACCUGGUACACAGUCAAAUACUAAAAGCGCCCUGGGUGAUGAGUGGGGUCAGGGUGAGAAGGAUGCGCCGGACUGGAGCCAAGACAAGUCCAGUAAAGCGGAACUCUUGAAAAAGAGGAGAGAGGAAAGGCGGCAGCGACUGCAGGCUCAAAAGGAUAAGCGAGCCACAGGAGGGAAAGGACCAAUGAAGCUUGGAGCUGUUAAAAUGCAGUGAAUAGUGAUAAGCCACGACCUGUAUCUGAUGCAGCACCACGAUCAGACAGUAGCGGAAGAAAUGAAUCCUAAUAACGAUGACAAUCAGAUGACUUCGUUUCUGAAAGAUAUGGGAAAAAAGUCACCCUCGACGUUCCUAGCCUUCCAAUGAAGCUUUUUCCCUUGCACCUAAUAGACUGUGAAAUAAAACUUUGGAUUUGACAAAGUUGAUAUAUUUUUUUAAUACCAUAACCAAAAAGAGGGAGAUUUCAAACUUUGGUUCGCUUUUGACAUCGACUAAUGGUAACAAGAAAUUAAAUCAAUUUUGAAAUAUAAUAUAUUUAUAUCAGAUUCACGCCAUAUGGAUGGAAGGAGUCUAUGAUACAUCAACAGAAAUCAUGUCAAAAUGUUACCACAGUUGCUGGUCCAAAAGUAAUAAUGACUGCAGCUGACUGUGGUUUCAUUGCUCAAACAAUUCAUCGGAAUAAUCGUCUCUUCUGAUGAACGUGCAUUGUUAGAUAUAAUUAGGAAGCCUUUAGGGCAAUUUAUUUACGUUAUAGAAGGCGAUUAAACGAUUCAGGGGCAGUUGGUUUUUAUAAUAGUUUUUUUGCAUACCCUGGAUACCAAAUAACACAGAACAACUAUUCUCACCUAAUUACUUACUAUGUGUGGAGGCACUAGCAAGCGCCGCACCGACAAAGUAUUGAAAAU